ACAAACCGACUCACGUAAAUGAGACUUGGUGAUACCAUACUGGUUAUUUCAGUGUGCGAAGACGGGAGGCACGGCAGCGGUUGUACGUCAGCAUGUGGUCACUGUAAGAGCGGCACAAUAUGUGACAAAUCUAACGGGACCUGCGGGAGUGGAUGUAAUGGAGGGUAUUCAGGUGCACGUUGUGAGCAGUGUCCGGCAACUUCAGGAUACUCAAACCAGGUAGUGCCAGUUGCAGCAACACUUGGGACACUUCUCGUCUUGGCUCUCAUCGCUCUGCUGACAUCUAUCAUUUACAUUAGAAGACUGAAGAAUCAACUGGGUGUCUUACAAAAGAAACAAGAAGAUAACUACAUAUCUCUAGACGAGAGGACCAAUGAUCCAGUUGUGGAGAACACAUAUGAACAAAUUAAUAAUUCCACUCCUUAUGUCAAUAUGGGGGAAGAUCAUCAGGGCCGCAUUUAAAGUAAUCAAAAACAGUUUUGUAAAGCGACCUGUCUAGAUCGACAUUGCUAUAGGUUCUUGUUACACGAGUAUAUGAACAGACAUUUCUGAAUGUGGAACCACGUGAGAAUCUCACGUAAGGCUACUAAUUACUAAACAACUCGAGCCACAUAUAUUCUGUUGUUAAGAACUGUGAUCAUAUUAGUUGCACGGUGUUUUGAAAGGAUGUACGGGACUGUAAGA